UCAAAUCCUUCCCAUUUGACGCUCUUUUACGAGACACAUGCAGCGCAAGCUCCCGCCAUUGCCCCACUUCGCGCUCCGCUCCUCCUCCAGCUCCAGCUCCGCAUCCCAUUCCCCGCCGCCGCCUCGCCGCCUCCCACCUCCAGUGCCGCUACGCGACCUCCUCGCCCACCGCCUCCCGCCUCCGCAAUCGCCGCCUCCUCGCUCGCCGCCGCCACUGCACCCUCACGCCGACCUCCUCUCCCUCCUCCGCCGCCGCGGUGGAGACCCCGCCCCGGAGAGCCUCCACCUCGAGCUCGUCAAGCGCGGCCUCACCCAUGACCUCUUCCUCUCAAACCACCUCGUCAACUCCUACGGCAAGGGCUCGCGCCUCGCCUGCGCGCGCCGGGUGUUCGACGGUAUGCCGGACCGGAACGCCGUUUCCUGGACCUGCCUCGUGUCCGGGUACGUGCUGUCGGGGUGCACCGACGAGGCCUUCCGGACGUUCCGCGCGAUGCUGCGGGCUGGCUCUUCAGACCGCAGCAGGCCCACGUCGUUCACCUUCGGGAGCGUGCUCUGCGCGUGCCAGGACGCCGGCCCGGACCGGUUCGGAUUCGCGGUGCAGGUCCAUGGAUUGGUCUCCAAGACUACGUAUGCGUCGAACACGACGGUUUGCAAUGCGCUGAUCUCGAUGUACGGUAGCUGCUCUGUUGGUCUGCCGCUCCAGGCGCAGCGGGUGUUUGAUACCACACUGGUUAGGGACCUCAUCACGUGGAACGCCUUGAUGUCUGUGUAUGCUAAGAAAGGGUAUGUGGCGUCCACGUUUUCCUUGUUCGUGGCGAUGCUGCGUGAUGACCCAGCAGCUGAGUUGAGGCCAAAUGAGCAUACCUUUGGGAGCCUGGUCACUGCGGCAUCUGUGCCCUCGUGCAGCUCAGGAGUUCUUGAGCAAGUGUUCGCCAGGGUGCUCAGUUCUGGCAUCUCAAAUGACCUCUAUGUGGGAAGCGCUCUCGUCAGUGCAUUCGCGAGGCAUGGCAUGCUCGAUGAAGCUAAGGACAUUUUUCUCAGUUUGGAGCAGAGGAACGCAGUUACAUUGAAUGGUCUGAUCGUAGGUUUGGUCAAGCAGCACUGCAGUGAAGAAGCAGUUCGGAUUUUCAUGGGGACUAGGGACUCAGUGGUUGUCAAUGCAGACACGUAUGUCGUGUUGCUCGGUGCGAUAGCUGAGUUUUCUGUGCCGGAGGAUGGCUUGAUCAAAGGUAGGGAAGUCCACGGACAUCUUCUUAGAACUGGACUUAUCGAUUUGAAAAUCGCUGUCAGUAAUAGUCUGGUUAAUAUGUACGCCAAAUGUGGUGCCAUUGAAAAAGCCUCUAGAGUUUUCCAGUUGCUUUCUGCAAGAGACCGGGUUUCAUGGAACACCAUUAUCUCGGUUCUUGAUCAGAAUGGUUACUGUGAAGGUGCAAUGAUGAAUUACUGUACAAUGAGGCAAGGUUGCAUAAGUCCAUCGAAUUUUGCAGCAAUUAGCGGCUUGAGCUCAUGUGCAAGUUUGGGACUUUUGGCUGCAGGCCAGCAACUGCAUUGUGAUGCUGUAAAGUUGGGACUGGAUUUAGAUACCUCUGUUUCAAAUGCGCUGGUUAAAAUGUAUGGAGAAUGUGGAGCUAGGUCCGCGUGCUGGGAAGUUUUCAACUCUAUGGCUGAACAUGAUGUUGUUUCCUGGAAUUCUAUCAUGGGUGUCAUGGCCAAUUCGCAAGCACAUAUUGCUGAAUCCGUACAAGUAUUCUCCAAUAUGAUGAGGAGUGGUUUGGCCCCAAAUAAAGUAACAUUUGUUAACUUACUGGCUGCAUUGUCGCCGUUGUCUGUGCUUGAAUUGGGAAAGCAGGUUCAUGCUGUGGUGCUGAAGCAUGGAGCUAUAGAAGAUAAUGCAGUGGAUAAUGCUCUGAUGUCAUGUUAUGCUAAGUCAGGAGACAUGGAUUCUUGUGAGAAGCUGUUCUCUGAAAUGUCGGGCAGAAGGGAUGCUGUCUCGUGGAAUUCAAUGAUUUCAGGUUACAUCUACAAUGGCCAUCUGCAGGAGGCUAUGGACUGUGUUUGGCUUAUGAUGCACAGUGACCAAAUGAUGGACUGUUGCACCCUCUCCAUUGUACUGAAUGCAUGUGCCUCUGUUGCAGCAUUGGAACGUGGGAUGGAGAUGCAUGCUUUCGGUAUUAGGUCACAGUUGGAAUCAGAUGUUGUGGUUGAGAGUGCUCUUGUUGAUAUGUACUCCAAGUGUGGAAGGAUAGACUAUGCUUCAAAGGUGUUCAAUUCCAUGAAUCAGAAAAAUGAGUUCUCAUGGAACUCUAUGAUUUCUGGUUAUGCGAGACAUGGUCUUGGAAGAAAAGCUUUGGAUAUCUUUGAAGAAAUGCAGCAAAGUGGAGCAAAUCCAGAUCAUGUCACAUUUAUCAGUGUUCUGUCUGCCUGUAGUCAUGCUGGAUUGGUAGAUAGAGGUCUAGACUACUUUGAAAUGAUGGAGGACCAUGGUAUACUACCUCAGAUUGAACAUUAUUCUUGUGUUAUAGACCUUCUUGGUCGAGCUGGUAAGCUCACUAAGAUACGGGAAUACAUCAAGAGAAUGCCAAUGAAACCAAAUGCUCUUAUAUGGAGGACCGUAUUAGUUGCUUCUCGGCAAUCGAAGGACAGGGACAAGUUAGAUCUGGGGAGAGAAGCUUCAAGGAUGCUUUUGGAAUUAGAACCUCAAAAUCCUGUAAACUAUGUUCUCGCAUCUAACUUUUAUGCAGCAACAGGAAGGUGGGAGGAUACAGCCAAAGCACGAGCUGCAAUUGGGGGAGCAGCAGAGAAAAAAGAGGCUGGUCGCAGUUGGGUAACCCUAGGUGAUGGAGUUCAUACUUUCAUUGCCGGAGACAGAUCACAUCCGAAUACCGUAGAAAUAUAUGAAAAACUAAGUGUUUUGAUCCAAAAGAUAAGGAGCGCAGGUUAUGUUCCAAUGACAGAAUUUGCCUUGUAUGAUCUUGAAGAAGAGAACAAAGAGGAGUUGCUAAGCUAUCAUAGUGAAAAGCUUGCAGUUGCCUUUGUUUUAACUCGUUCCUCCUCAGGUGUCCCCAUAAGAAUCAUGAAGAACCUUCGGGUUUGUGGAGAUUGUCACACAGCUUUUAGAUACAUAUCUCAGAUUAUUGGCCGGCAAAUCAUUUUAAGGGAUUCCAUCCGAUUCCAUCAUUUUGAGGAUGGAAAGUGUUCUUGUGGAGAUUACUGGUAGCAUGUUUAUGAGGUGGUAUCUGGACAGGGUAUUUGUUAACAUCUUCGGAUUUUGUGGCACCAAACAACCAUUUGAGGUCGUUGUUGCUGUUGAAAGGUUCAGGUAUUCUUCGGUGAGUAUAUGUGGAUAGCACACGGCAUAACUUUUUUUGUUGUUCCACAAUCCGACCUAGUAAGCUCUUUUUGUAACCA